AUGUCUCCAAUGUGUCUCGAUGAUUACGAACACGUCCACUCCCUAACGCAAAACUCCGAUUCUGAUUCCCGCGCACAAAUGAAAAUAAUGAAUCUCCAGACCCGAUUGUGGCUGGACACCGACGUGCUCAAAGACGUUCUCUAUUGCGCUAUCUCGCGCCACGAAACGAAUAUCAUGUCUGCUACACAGACUAUGACUACCGACUCAUGA